AUGUUCCGACGAAACAGCUCUACCCGGCUCGGUCGAAGCAAAUCCACAUCCUCAGUUCAUAGCAAGCAUGAAUCCAUCGACCCCGAGGUUGCUCGUCAACACGCCCACGCCGCAGCAACGUUAGCUUUUGCUCGAGCACAGGAAAGAACCAACGCUGAUUUAUGCUACAGCCGCGGACAACAAACACCGAGGGUUCAGACAUCCAAUUAUGAGAGACAGUCUUCUUCGCAACCCAUCGAUUCCUCCUUUACCGGUGAACAUGUCGUUAAGCGACAGCAGAGUGUUCGCUUCGCUGGGCCUAAUGCCGUUCAGAGACGUCAAUCGACGAAUAACAGACAUACCAUACAACCCAAAGCUAGUACCGCGACACUGAAACCCGUUGCCUUCACCACGAGUGCUCCUGUACCUGCAGCAUAUCGUCCUCCAAGUCGCUCAUCGUCGAUUGGCAAAGCUUCAUUUGGGAAAGCUACGGCGGCGACAGAGUUCAAUAAGGCAUUGGCUGCAUACGAUGAAUAUUACGCACGCGAACCUGAAGUUCCCUCGACCCCUUCUUCAUAUCGUCGACUUCGCAAGUCGAAAUCUAUGUUUAGUCCUCUCAAAGCUCCGAGUGUUUUUUACAGCAAUGGAACACCUGAGCGGGAAACAACUUCUCGUCUUGGACGACAAAAUAGUACUACCAGUUCUCGAACCACUCGAACCGCUCGAGCCCUGCCUUAUCAAGCUGCAUUGAGAGCCCCGAAAUCAAUGAGCUUUCUACGUGGCGGUAGAGACGGUGGCUUUACUCAUAGAACCGACGAGGGCGUUCAGAUGGCCCGUGAUCGCUUCUUUCAACAUGCUGCCCAACAACGACUCCGAGAACAACCCUCCUUCCUCUUCCGAUCAAGAACUCAAAAGAACAUUGAUCAGAAACCGUUCAGAAGAUCUGUCCGUAGCGGCAGUGGAAAUAGUGAUCCAUUACCAACACCUCUACCCGAAGAUGAAACUACCCCCAGCUCUCCGGUCAACUUCAAGUUGAGAGAAAAAGCUCGGAAAGCCUCCAAAACCAUCAAAUUCAAACUCAAACGUGUCUUUGGCUUCAUCAAAGAAGAACCCAUCGCUAUCCCCAACCAACAGGUUGAAGCUCACGAAACCCAUGUUCGACAAUAUUCUUGCCCUCCAAAUGAAGAUGCCUUUAACGAUAUCCCUUAUCCAGACGAUGAAUCACUAUCUCGCGUCGCAUCUCGCGUACCUUCUAUACGUAUCCAACCCUCCAAAGAGAAAUUACGAUCGCAUGCAGGAAGUCUUCGUAGUGCAAGGAGCUUCACAACAGACCUUAGCGAUGAUAACUCCAACUCCCGCGUCACCAGCUGGACAAGUACAGCAGCCAAUACGGUCACCAGUCAAGCCGCACGUGCUCUUUCCGAAAGAGAACAACAACGCCUUUCUAUCAUCAAUGAGAAUGGCACUCAUAUAUCCUCCUCAUCAUUCCGACGAAAACGUCUCACGAAUCAAUUCUCGGCUUAUCCAUUAGUCCGACCACCUAGCCGAGACGGCCCAGCUCCCACUCAGGGGGUGGAUAGCGCUCGCGUAUACUCGGCUCUCAUGAAACGACUCGAUGAAAAUGGUCCCCACCACAAACCUGCUCACAAAGCGAGCGAAGAAACACUUCGAACUCCAAGACGAAGCGCAUCUAUUAAUAAUGGGAAAGAAAACCAGAAAUACUCCACCAUCCGACAUGUUCCUUCCGAGGAGGGUCACUCUCAUCAAUGGGUCAAAACAGAUUCCGUUCAUGCUGCCAGAGCGGAAGAUCUCUUUGGCUUUACAGGUACACAUACCCAUCAAUGGGCUCCAGCUGAUGUUCUUCGUGAGGCGAGGAUGAGGAGUGAGGACGAUGAUGUGUUUUUUGAUAAAUCGACCAUUACGCCCGCUCACCGAGCACCGCAACAUCAUAGAGCAUAUUCCAAUGCGUCGACAUCGGUGGUUUCUAUUCAACAACCUAGCAAUAAAACAUCCUUCUAUACCGUUCCUGAAGAAGUUGGCAGAACGCCUCAAGAAAUCGCCAUCAGUAAUGAACCCGUCGUUAUUGAACCGCCAAAGAAGGGUCUUCGAGAGUCGAGAAGUACCUUCUUUGGGGGAAGUACCUUGACCGGAAGUCGAACCACAAGUCCUUUCCGCAAAUCUUUAGCCGAAAUCAAAGAUGGCACCCCAGCGAUGAAGAAAGAUCCAAAUGCAACUCCAAGUCGGAAAUCCAUGUUCCUUGCUGUUGAUGGUGGGUUCUCAUCAGAGGAGGUGGUGGAUGACAAGACCGAUAGCGUAUCCUUGUACUCGAGGACUACCAGUGGACAGACGCUUGCUGCGAAUAGCGCGCUGAGUUUGUUAAUUGAUCAACAUGAACAGCGGGAAACGGAACAGCAGCUUGACACUUCAAAGUUAUCGCAGGAGAGUAGUAAGGGCGAUGUCGUGAUUAUUGACCGCUCGACCUAUCGCUCGCUGAAUCGACGGACCGGUGGUGGCAGUUGUCAUAGUGUUUCCAGCUCCGCGGGCAGUAAUGAGUGGAAGCGGUGGAUGAGUUGUGAGGUUGCGAAGUUAGAAAGGGGGAAAGAAAAUCAUCGGGCUCCUGCUCCCCCUUUUUCGACGACGGGGUAUGGCAAUAGCACUACCGCGACGAAUGCCAAUGCAAAGCCGUAUAUCAAUUACACCAUCCCGAAAGCUUACCAACCGACCACGGUGGUGGGACAUCUCAGGGAAAGCGCACAGAUUGACGAUGAGGACGUGGAGAUUGCGCCGAGUGGGAAGAUUGGUGUGAGGUUGCCGGUCGGGAUGGUCUAUCCUCCUCUAAACCAGAACCAGAAUCAAGAUGGAAAUGUCACACGACCGUUCCUCAAGCCUAUUUUGAAGAAUAAGAGCUCGGUUUCUUUGGUUGAGACCAGUGGAAAUGCUUCGGGGUACGCGAUUGCGAGGGGGAAUACCCCGUUGUCUUGUGGGAAUACACCGCUUGUGAGGGAGAAUGGUAGUGGUAUUAGAGAUGUGACUGCGUAUGUUCCUCCACCCCCGCCGAUACCUCCUCCUAUCCCUGGACGAAACCCUUUGAGGGCUGUGGAGAGUAGGAAUAGUCUCAGGAGUGUGGUGACUGUUACUGGUGUUCCUGCCUCCUCCUUGGGCUCGGGCUUUGCUGGCUUGAUGGGUGCGGGGAUGAGUGCUUUUGGUGGUGCUGGUGCGAGUUCGACUUCGACAACUCAACAGACGAAUUCGAAUACUCUAUCGAAUACGGUAUCUGGUACUGGGAGUGGGAGUGCGUCUGGGAGUAUGGGACGCAGCCACGGCCGGAAUGUCCUCCAUAAGAAACACGUUUCUAAGGCUAGUCUUAGGAGUGUGAGGAGUUUUAAUGGGUCCGAGGCGAAGGUUGUGGAUUGUGGUGUGUCUGGGCAUAUUCCUGUACAAGGACAGAUGCAGAAAGAAAGUCAGACACCGAGGCUUACGGCGAAGUUGGUGAGGAGGAAGAGGUCGGGUCAAGUGAUGGGUGAGAGGGGGAAGAGUUGUGAGCGUGAACGUGAGCGUAGGAGUGAGAGGUCUGGUACGGAUCUUGGUUCUGCGAUUAGUGAAGUUGUUGGUGGUGAGAAGAUCCUUCGAGACCUUGAUUUUGAGAGAGCUGGGGCGGGGAGUCCGUUGGAGGAUUUUUAUGAGGGGGAGGGGAAUGGGAAGGGGAUUUUGAAUCCGAUUGUGGAUCCGAUUCCGAUUCCUCUUUCUUUGAAUGAUCCCUCUGAUGGGAGGGAAGGUGGAAUAGGAGGAGGAGGAGGAGGAUGUGAGGGUAGAAUGGUUGGAGCGGUUGGGGUUGCAGGGGGUAUCGGUGAAAUGAGUGAGAGUGAUGCGCAAGCGAUGGGUAGUCGGAAGAUGGUGGAGUUGUUUUUAAAUACUCGUCGGAAGAGGAUUGCGGGGGGGAGUGAGGAGGGGGGUGUUUUUCUUUAG